AAUCAAGUGGGAAUCCUGCCGGCGGCAUAUAGUUGUAAAGUAACAGAAACCUUUCGUAAUUCACUAUUGCUUUGUCUGUCCUGCCAUAUGACUGAUAUGACGGCUCAGUAACCAUAAUCAUUCUUUAUAUAGCUUACUAUCAAGGAAAAUAAUCGCUGUUUCUGCUAUUUUCGGAAGGAUGGAGGUCGCCCAAGAGUUCAUUGCUGGUUGGUUCGCUGGUAAGCUUAUGUUGUGAAACUUUUCAGUUUCUUUAAGAGUGUUUUACAUAAACAGGUGUUGAAUAAGUUACCCAAAACGGAGAAAGUUGGAGAUAUACCUCUUUGGUAAACUAUGGUGUACAUCUCUUUCCCUGAAGUCUAUUUGUAUAACAUUAGCUGAAUGGGCUAUUGCAUUUUAGUGAAAUAGUGGCCUAGCAUCAAUGCUGCAUUCUGAUUGGUUGAGCUACUACUAGGCUAUAUGUUAUAGCCUACUAGUAGCGAGAAGCGCGCGCUUUUUGGCGGCAAAAAGGAUUAAAGUCUAGCUUUAACUAGCUAAAAUUUUUUUAUUCUCGAUAUUUUUGACCAACUAGUUGGAUCUUACUAAAACAAUUAUUCCUCUCGCCCUCAUUGCCUCUGAGUCAAUUGUCAAUUGUGUAUUGACUCAGAGCCCAUUCAGGCUCGAGGAAUAAUUGUUAAAUAAUACGCCCCCCCCUGCUGGUUUAGGACUUACCUUCUUCUUACCCCUGAGGAUUGGCUAAAAUUGCAUCCACCCAUGAAGAUGUCCAUAAAAAUAUGUUUACCUCUGAAGUACAGUGGUGGAUCCAGCCCGGUCAUCCAGACCCUAAAAUAAGUUGGGGCGGGGGAGGGUGCAAAAAUGUUAUAAAUAUGUAUAGUUGUGUAGAACAGGAAUUGGAACUUGGAAUUCUAGGAUAGGGUUGGGAGUUAUGGUACAGUCAAACCUCAGUGACUUUUCAGUCAUGCUCGAUGAUCAAAAAGAUUAUUCCCCAAAUACAUGUAUGUUUACAGCGACUGAAAUUUGAAACACAAGACUAAAAUAAAUCAGACAUGUUGCAUUUUAAUCUUGGAAGACGUAGUUUUCAACCUCAUUGUAUAGUAUCAAUGAAUCAGAAAACACUGAAUGAAAGGUUCACUAGGAAAAAAAUUCUCUGCUAGAAAAGUCUAUUUUCCAUUUAUUAGUAGUGAGAGAAAGUACAUGUAGCCUCGACUCUGCUAGCACUCAAAAUUGAAUUUCAGGUACCAUUGAUCAGUGCAAAGGACAGGAAAAUUAUUUUUUUUAAAUAAAAUAAUGACUUUUAUGAGAGUUCCAAAUUGAUGCUAACUAUGGCUUUGAUACAACAAUGUACGUUUUAUUAAACCCAGAUUUGGCCUAAGAGAGAAGGGGAAAAUGAUUUUGGUGAAGACGAACUCGCAGGAAGCUUGGGCUUUCACACAGUUCACUUGCAGCUGAAAAUGUUAAGUUAUUUCUAUGGAACAUUUCAAUGAUGGGAAAUUUAUGCUAAUUUUCAUUGCCUAUCAUUUUGAUUUGUACACCCUUUUUUAGGAUGUGCUGGAGUGGUGGUUGGACAGCCAAUGGACACAGUUAAGGUAAUGAUUAUGUGAAUCACAUUCACAAUAAAUAUGUUUGACUUUGACGGUUCAUGAUCUAAAAAAAAGGAGACAUUCUUUUAGUUUUAAAGUAUGGUUGGCUCCAGUUAAGUUAACUGUACUGUAAUAAAUGCUGCAAGAACUACAUUGCAGUUACUGUGCGGUACAUGAUGUACUGACCUUCAUCUGAAACUUUUGUUUGUUGUCAAAGGUCAGAAUGCAAGUAUUGAAUACUGGGACCAAACAGUCUUCUGCCAAUUCCUUUUCCUGCUUCAUGAACAUUGUCAAGCAUGAAACAGUGAGUAGAGUGGCCAGUGGUCAGUGUUAUCUUGCUGACCUUUAAUUUAUUUCUAUUUAAUGCUGAUCAACUGGCUGCCUGGAAAAUAAUUGUCACAUGUCAUAUACUGUCACAUGUAUAUGUAGGUUUGGUAGGGGUGGCUCCACUAGCCCCUAUGUUUUUUCCAGGCAGCCAUUACUCUAAUUUUACUUUUAAUAUUUUCAUUGCCUUACUAUUUUUUUGAGCAAGAGAGUGAGUACAAAUAAAGAUUGUUGUUGUUGUUGUAAAUAUAGAAAAAUUAUGCCUCUAUGUAAUAGUAACAGGACUGAGUGGAGUCCAAUUCGGUCUGUAAUCAUACGAGUGAUUAACAAAAUCAGACAACCGCGUAGCGGGAGUCCGAUUUGUUUAAUCAUGAGGGCAUGACAGGGCAUGGCGCGUACUGUCCCAUUAAACUAUCCAAUUAAGGCUGAAAUCAGGGCAGUUGAUAACCAAUCAGAUUUGACAAUUUUGUUAUAGUUAUGAUUACAAAGGCAGGUUAUUGUCGUCAGCAGGAUAAAAUGAUAUGUGAGGCUGAACUCAUAAGCCACUUUUAAUUGCAAAAGGCAAAUUUGGCUCUGUCUUAAAGAUACAAAUUUGGCAUGGGAAACAUUGCAUUACUGUUUGGACAAAAAUUGUACAAUUUUAGCAGUAACAGAAGGAUAGCAUUUCCUGGCUUGCUUCAUAGACAACUUAUUUGUGAAACUGUAACAAAGGUGAUCUGGGAUACUAGAAUGCAAUUAUCAAUUUUUAAUGAGAUGUGCAUUUGAUUUAACUUGAGUUGCAUGUCUUUUUGGCUCAAACCAAAGCAAAUCAAACUAUGUGUAACUUCCUUUGUCGGUGAGUCGAUGGUUGAACGCUAACGCUAAGGUUUUAGCUUGACAUGAUAAAACAUCAACAUGAAUACGGUCAAUUUAAUAAAACUAAUUUGCAAGUGUAAUUUACAAGUGUAGCUAUUGUUUUUAGACUCUAAAACAAAUAUUAUAGCUACACUAGUAAACUACACUUGUAAAAGUUUUAUUAUUGAAAAAUAAAAUCGACCCCUGUUCGCAAUGCAUAACACUCUGAAAAGACACAUGUUCAUUUAUUGUUCAUGCAGUAUCUCCUAACUAUCAAUCAUGAGCAUGUCUAAAACCGGAAGCAGAGGCACAUUGUUUUGAUGAUCAUUUAAACAAACAAAUAUAAUUAACAGUUGCUUCUCCAUACACGGCAAUUUUUGAACACAGUGAAUUUAACUCUUCACAUUGUACCUUUCACAGGUGUUUGGCUUAUUUAAAGGCAUGGCCCCUCCACUAGCAGCUGUGGCAUUACAGAAUGCUGUAUUAUUUGGCGUGUAUGGCAAUGUUUUAAACUUAUUAUCUUCCAAGCAGGAUGAAAAGCCAUCCUUGUCUCACAUCUCUGUUGCUGCUGCUGCCUCUGGUGCAGCCCAGCUGUGGGUCGUGUGUCCUAUGGAACUUGUCAAGAUUAAACUACAGAUGCAAACACAGUGUAAGUGUAAUUUGCAUAGUUUAUUUUUGUACUGUGUAUCGUAAAAAUUUAUUCUUAUACACUGAACAGUUUAUACAGCUGUACAAGCUUUUUAUACCCCUUUUGCUGAUGUAAGAGUUUGGCAAACCAACCCCUCCUCCCUCUGCCCUUGACCCAGCUUCCCCAAUGUUGAAAUUAACUUUUGGGAGGGUUUAACGUGACAAGUGCUUCAACAAAAUAAUGUGACGAGUAUUGUAAAGCAGAGCCAUGGUCGAGCCUCUUCUACUUUUCGAGGGGCAUUACUGUCUUUUUGACACAGAAGUCACGCCCAGGAUCUCAUAAAGGAUUUUAACCAUGUCCUGGCGGUAUUUUUGGUGGCUAAUGCUUCCAUACAUUACAGCAGCGUGAUAUGAACUCCAAAAGUUGUUACAAAGUAAUUUCUUCCGGUCCCUUUGAUUUAAGUGUUAGGUCCAUGGUUAUGGAGUGGGAAAGUAACUUUGCGACUUCAUUGACUAUUCAGAUCAAUGACCAGACUUAAAUACCAUGAACUGAUGAGAUCUGAACACGACUAUUGUGGAAACGACUGUCAAAUAACAUUACUUUUCAGGUUUACCCUCACCCAGACGAUCAACUUUCAACAAACUUCGUUUACUGUGUCGUGAUACGAUACUAAGCGCAUUUUACUUUUCAAGGGUUUUCGUCUAGAUAUAGAAAAAAGCAACUGAAGACGAUACUGUGAGCACGAGUUAAAAUUGACUUCGUUGUUAUAUUGGCGUGAUACAUCUCAUACUAGCAUAUGCCUUUAUGGCGGUCGCGUGCACGUCAGUUUACAUCGCACGUGCCCAUCAAAACUGCACGUGUACUCAGCCCAUUGCGGCAGAAGCACGUAGUGGAAUGUUAAUAUUUGGAAUAGCCGUAAAUAACUUUGAUUCAUUUCAGAAAAUUCCAGAAAGCUCUAGUUAAAAGGGCUACAUGUAUGUAUAAAUAUUGCUGUUUUAGGUCAAUUCUUUGGUGAGGUCAUUACUUAAUAAUUUAUCAGUGCUUCUACCCAUUUAUAAAAUGUUCCUGUAGAGCGGUUAUGGAGAAGAUAUCAAAAAAAAUUCAUCAGAGAGCAAUGGCCAUACUUUAUAACUCAUGUUUUGGUAAUUUUUCGAGCAUGGCAAUAAAAUUGGCCCAAUGUUUUCAAGUUUCAAUCCAUGUCCAUCCUUUCGAUCUCUAGCAACAGACGACAGGAAACAGUUCCAAUGCCCAGUAAAUAUAGCCUGACUUAACAAAACUGGAACAUUAUUGUUGGAAUUCAAUUGUGCAGAAAUGUUUUAGCUGUGCAAAAAAAUAACCAAUAGCGUGACGUAGCCUCUUUAAGAAAAGUGUUCUUUAUAUUAAGGCUGCGAUUACUCAUUCAUCUCUUUCUUCUUUUCUCGCGUGAAUAGCCUGCUCGCGUCGCAUCUCCUCGCGUGAGAUGGUUUCCCGCGCUUUCUAUUCAGUUUCACUCUCUUUAUUCUCACCAUUUUCGCGCCGUAGACUUAUGUUUAUUAUUAUUUCUCCCACUUUGCAGCAAAACGAUCCAAUUCGUCACUAUACCGUGGAAGCUUAGACUGCAUUCGCAAAAUUUACAAAACAACCGGAAGCAGAGGGAUUUUCCAAGGCAUGUCUCCACUUGUUAUUCGAGAUAUUCCUGGUUUUGUGGUGUACUUCGCCUCAUACGAAAUCCUUCUCGAUAUACUGUCUGCGCCGGAAUCACGUGGUAAUGUAGGGCCUCUGGCUCCAAUAAUCGCGGGUGGUUUAGCGGGAAUGAUUUCCUGGACUUCAACAUUUCCGUGCGAUGUGGUUAAGUCAAAGAUGCAAGCUGAUGGCAGUGACGGAAAAUAUUUAUACAAAGGAUUUACUGACUGUUUAAUUAAAAGCUAUAGAACAGGAGGCUUUAGAGGGUUCUUUACUGGUCUUGGACCAACACUUUUGCGAGCCUUUCCCACCAACGGAAUCAUUUUCUUUGUUUAUGAUCUGGUGUCUAAAUUUCUCUCAGAAAAAACGGCAACGACUGGAAAGUCUUUAAAAAUUAAGGCAGAACCGGACUGAAAUUUGAAAUGCACCUGACUGGAGUCGAUGUGAUGCACGUACAGCUAUCAAUGUGAAAAAAGGUCAGGGGACUUGUUGAGAGGAUUUGAGAAAGCAAAAUGUCUGAAAGAGAAUCGUGUGUUUUGUCGACGUUUGCUUGACACUGUGGGUUGGGCCACUCAAACGAUUAAUAUGGGCGAAGUCUCACAAGGUAGAACUGACUAGUACGUGCUCACCCAAGAUUUUUAAUAACUACUAAUUAUUUUAUGUAAGGUUUAAAACGUAUACGUAUAAAACCUUUCACGGAGCGCAAGAAAAAUAAAAACUCGAAUGAACGUUU